CCAAUUCUAGGAGGGGGGAGGGGAUGGGGGCUCUGAGUUACAAGAGGGAGCCUCGCCUCCGAAUCUGCGCUUCUGCGGAGGUUCCAAUCAUCCCACACACGCCGUGGACUUGACUGCGCUGCGAGGCGGAUGCGUGAGGAUGUGUUUGAGAAGACUGCGUGUGCGCGUGUGUGUGAGUGAGUGAAUGAGAGAGAGAGAGAGAGAGAGAGAGAGAAAGAGAUAGAGAUAGCGUGGAUUUUGGGUGUUUGGUGGGGUUGCGAGGUGGCGGACGAGUUGGGGUGUGAGUGAGAUAGAGAGGGAGAGAUGACGAGGUGCAAAGCUGAUGUGGGCCUUGGGGGAUGGUGAAGAGAGGAGGAGUGGAGGAGCCGUCCAAUGGAGGUUGUGGCGGAGGAGGAGUCUCGACCGUGUGGGGCGACGGUGUGGAGUGGUUUCUUGAGGGCUCAUAAGCAACAUGGAGAUGGAAGUGUUGUUGGAAGUGUCGGCUCUUAGGCUACAAGGUUAAAACAGAGAAGUACUCCUCUUGAAGGCAUUGUAGCGAGCAAAUUUGUGUACCCAUCGUUCAAUCAUUGUUGGCAAAGUUUAAGAGUCAGUACUCAGGCGGCCCCUGUCAUCAUAGAAGGUUACUUAUGUACCAGUGCAGCGAGAGGCCGCCAAAUCUAGUAUCUGGAUCGGGUUCAAAGGCUCAACUCAUGGAGCAUAUGGAAAGGAGGAGUCCCACUUCAGAGCUAUGGCAUGCUUGUGCCGGACCCUUGGUCUCACUUCCUCCUAUUGGCAGCCGGGUGGUGUACUUUCCUCAAGGUCAUACGGAACAGGUAGCAGCAUCAACUCAAAGAGAGGCUGAGACUCAUAUUCCUAAUUAUCCCAGUCUUCCAUCACGACUGGUCUGCCUACUUGACAAUGUUACGCUUCAUGCUGACCUUGAGACGGAUGAAGUCUAUGCUCAAAUGACAUUAAUACCUGUACCUCCUGCUAAUGAGAAGGAAGCUCUUAUGUCUCCUGAUAUUGGGAUAAGAAGUAGACAGCCAACAGAUUACUUUUGCAAAACCUUGACGGCCAGUGACACAAGCACUCAUGGUGGCUUUUCUAUUCCUCGACGAGCUGCGGAGAAAGUCUUUCCUCCAUUGGACUACUCUCAAACACCACCAGCUCAAGAACUGAAAGCAAGAGACCUGCACGAUCAGGAGUGGCACUUCAGACACAUAUAUCGUGGUCAACCGCGAAGACACCUGCUGACGACAGGGUGGAGUGUCUUUGUGAGCGCAAAGAGGCUUCAAGCAGGUGAUGCUGUUUUAUUCAUCAGAGACGAUAAAGGCCAAUUGCAGCUGGGCAUCCGUCGACAAAAUCGGCAACAGACGGUGAUGCCGUCAUCAGUCUUGUCCAGCGACAGCAUGCACAUUGGAGUGCUAGCGGCUGCAAAUCAUGCAGCUGCUACUAGUAGUCGUUUCACCAUCUUCUAUAACCCGAGGCAAAGCCCAUCGGAGUUUGUCAUCCCUGUAGCAAAGUAUCAAAAAGCCAUUUGCAAUCUACAGGUCUCAGUUGGCAUGCGGUUUCGGAUGGUGUUCGAGACUGAGGAAUCCAGCGUUCGAAGGUAUAUGGGCACGAUCACUGGCAUGGGAGAUUUAGACCCAAUACGUUGGCCCAAUUCGCACUGGCGCUCUUUGAAGGUGGGCUGGGACGAAUCAACUGCAGGUGAGAGGCAACGGCGAGUAUCAUUGUGGGAGAUAGAACCGUUGACAACACCAUUUCUGUUAUGCCCACCGCCUCUCACUUUUCGAGCUAAGCGUCCUUGGGGAGGAAGAGUAGACGAGGAGAUGGAUUCCAUGCUGAAGAAGGCUUCCUUUUGGUCAGGAGAUAGUGGAAGUCAUAUGGAUGCGCUAGGAGCAUUGAAUUUACGGAACUUCGGUAUGAGCUCGUGGAUGCGCACUCCCCAGCAAAGGGUUGAACCUGGUUUACCAGCGCAGCAAAACGAGUAUUACCGAGCAUUCGCAGCUGCAGCUCUUCAAGAGAUUCGGUGUUCAGAUGCUUCAAAACACGCAAUGUCGCAUGCUCAGCCAUCUUUAUCAACCUCUCAGAUUGAAUUUCGUUCACAGUCACCACAAUCGAAUCAACAUACUGCGCAACAUAUACCCAAUACUGCUGGACCUGUGCUCCAACUUUCGUCAAGUCGUCCUGAGUCUCCGCUUGACGUCGGGAUGAAUAUGGCACAAUGUUCAGGAUACAGUGAAAGUGAUACACACAUGACUUCAUCAGCUUAUACUCCAGGGUCAUAUCCUUUGCACUCAAUGUUAGGCCGAACUCAUCUCGGGUGCGAAAAUGGUCAAAUGACGUACAUGAUGCGUCCGACUCAAAGUGCUCAACAAAGCCAACCUGAGUCCAUCAUUCAUGGUGGCAGUGUUCGUGAGCCCCAGUUUUCUUCGUCUUGGUACCCAUCUAAUCGAGACACGAGUGAACACGAUGUGUCUGCUCGUAUGAAUCAGUUGGAUACGUCACCAACCUCGAGAGUGUCCAGCUGUUUCCCUUUCCCUCAAGAGAGCCAGGUAAAUGGCCAAUCUGGUUUGACAGGGCUGCCAGUGCCAACCUCUUCAUUUGUGUACCGGGAGAAUGGCCAGGAGCAGGAUUCAGUACAGUCCGAUCGUCAUCUUCUGUUUGGUGUGUCUAUUGAGCAGCCGUUGGUGGGAUCAAAUUCCGUUACUUCCCUCCAACCUCAUGCAUUUGCCAAGAGCAAAGAUCCCCAGAGCCGGUUCUCUGGCAACACCGUGCUUCAGGGUUCGUAUUAUCCCUCUGGUAAUGCAGACAUUCCUACCAUGAAUGGUGUGGGUCUUGAUGAAAAUGGAAUAUUUAUGAGGAAUGCGUCAUGGUCAGCUAUGGCACCUACUUCCCGUACAUUCACCAAGGUGCACAAGCUUGGAAGUGUAGGGAGGUCAAUAGACGUGCAGAAAUUCCAAAACUAUUCAGAACUUCGAGUAGAACUGGCUCGGUUGUUUAACCUGGAGGGCUUGUUAGACGAUCCUCAGAGAUCUGGUUGGCAGCUUGUAUUUGUGGACAAUGAGAAUGACACUCUUCUUGUUGGCGAUGAUCCGUGGGAGGAAUUUGUCAAUUGUGUGCGAUCCAUCAAGAUUUUGUCCCCAAAUGAGAUUUUACAGAUGAGUCAGGAGCAACUUGAGAUUUUGAACUCAGUCCCGAUGCAGCAGCGGCCGACGUGCAGCAAUUCUGAGGACGCGCGUACUCAAACGUCUCCUGUGAACACGUCGAAUUUAUCAAUGGAGCAUGGACACUCUGGCGGUCGAUGAGUUGUAUUGGUCGAAGUUAGCUAUCUCUUACAUUUCAGUUUUCUCGAUUGUGUGGCUGAGUUCUGGUGGUUCGAGACUCCCGCAUUAGGGCUCCAACGGUGGAAUUGAGCUGCUUAUGAAGCUCUGCUGUAGAAAAUUCGUGCAAGACUCCUAUUUUUGUUCUUUAUGACUUACCACAUUGUAAAGGAUCGUAAACAGGUGUUGGCGUGUGGUCUAUUGCUCAAACAUGUAAUCAGAGAAAAUGAGAUUGAGAAGCUUCUACUAAAGCUGGCGUGCCCAAUAUUGUUUUGUAAAGCCACUCCAUUGAGCCAAGUGCUGAUUGCUGCCGAUAGUGUAGCAAGGAGGAGCUUUGGGCUAGCUGCCAAUUUGAAGAGAUCUUUACAUGAAAGCUGGGCUAUGGUUAUCUCUUUGAAGCCUGGAGUUCACAUUGGCUCUCUUCCGAAGUAUUAUGUUUGGGAAUCCUAUAGCAUUUCAGAAUUAGUGCAUAGAGUUGUAGAUUUGCAUCCUUUCUGGUCAGUUGCAGAAAGGUUGAGCGGGACUAGGAGCAGCGAGUGAGCUUGUUAGGUCAAACUAGUGUGAAUUCUGCGAGUUUUCUACAGCGAAAUUGGUGCAUAGUUUCUGCUAGUUUAGACUCUUGUGGAUUUUUAUGCUGUGAGCAAUAGGUAUGUGAAAGGUGUUGGACAUGAAGUCGAUUGUUGAGUGGCUUGGUAUUUAGGGAUUCAGAUGGAGUGAUUUUGUAGAAUACACCAGGUAUUGCAUUCAUCUUGUCAGGUUGCCAGUGUGCAACUCCAUGAUUCUUGAGUGAUGCAUGUGCAUGCACGUUGUUUUAUGCUUC